GGGGAGGGCUAAAAGCGGUCCGUGUGAGUGUUGGUGCUUCCUUGUCGGCGAUCUCUUGAUGCCCAAUUUAUUUUGAACGCACAUUGGGGAAUUCCAUUUUUGCUCGUAACGAUUUUGUUUAAAGCGUCUUGUUAAUUGUCCGCCGUUGUUUCUUGUCAUCUGGUUCUCUUUCUCUCGGCACGCGUUCGUCCCCCCCGUUAUCUUAAACCUUUUUGCAAACCCAUCCUCUGUCAAGAAAGAAAACUCACAAUCAUGACCUCGGCAGCAAACGCAGAAAUGACAACACCUCUAAGGAAGUUUAAGUUGGUCUUCCUGGGAGAACAGAGUGUGGGGAAAACGUCGCUUAUUACGCGAUUUAUGUACGAUACUUUUGACAAUACGUAUCAGGCGACAAUUGGUAUCGACUUUUUGUCAAAGACCAUGUACAUGGAAGACCGAACUGUCCGUCUUCAGCUGUGGGAUACGGCUGGGCAAGAGCGAUUCCGUAGUUUAAUCCCAAGUUAUAUUCGAGACUCGUCUGUGGCUGUCGUUGUAUAUGAUAUUACAAACCGCAACUCGUUCAUGAACACAACCAAGUGGGUGGACGAUGUACGAGCGGAACGGGGUAACGAUGUUAUAAUCGUGCUGGUUGGAAACAAGACAGAUUUGAGCGACAAGAGACAAGUAUCCACAGAAGAGGGAGAAAAAAAGGCAAAAGAGUUCAAUGUGAUGUACAUUGAGACGAGUGCAAAGGCGGGGUAUAAUGUGAAGGCAUUGUUUAGAAAGAUUGCAAACGCACUACCCGGAAUGGAGCAAAAUGCCGCUGAUCAAAACAAUUCUCAAAUGAUUGAUGUGAAACUGAACCCUGCUGCGCAAAAACCCGUGGAAGGAUCAAGCUGUGCUUGUUAAAAAGAAACUUAUGACCUCAUGUGUAGGACAGUAUAAUGGCAAUACGAUACAUAUCUGAAAUCUUUUUUUAAGAUGUUUGAUUGGGCACACUUAUAGAUCCAGAGUGCGUAAUGUACCCUGAUGGAGUAAAUAAUGAUUGGUAUAACUAUCGUAUUAAAAAGUAAGA